GUGGUAGUGUAACCGAGCGAGCGGGCGCAGAGGGCACGAAUGCCUUCCGGUCCGGGGUAGCAAACCCGCCGCAUGUCUCUCCGCCUCCUUCUCCCACCUCGCGGCAGCCUACUCCUCCUUUCCCCUCUCCGCCGCCGCCACACGUCAAGGCCUCUGCACUUUCGAACAACUGCCGCCGGCGUCCCACAUAGAGCCUCUAGUUUCUUCAGUAUCCCUAUCCGCGCCUUCACCGGUGUGUCGGGCAUGGCGGCGGGGACGCACCAGCGGAGCGUGGAGGUUAGGGAGAGCGUGGAGCUGACAGAGGAGGAGGAGCGGAUCUUCGCUAGGCUGCUGGACGUCGUCCGCCACUUCGGGCUCGGCACCCAGCUCCGCGUCGCCGGGGGAUGGGUCCGGGACAAGCUAUUGGGGAAAGACUCUGCUGAUAUUGAUAUUGCACUUGAUAAUAUGACGGGCCAAAAUUUCUGUGAGAGAGUAAAUGAGUACUCAAAAUUCAUGGGUGAAGAGCAGAAAGGAAUCGGAGUUAUCCAGUGCAACCCUGAUCAAUCCAAGCACUUGGAAACUGCAAGAAUGCUUAUAUAUGACAUAUGGAUUGACUUUGUCAACUUGAGGUCCGAAAAGUACGCUGAAAACAGUCGUAUUCCUACUGUGGAGAUUGGAACAGCCAAAGAAGAUGCACUCCGCAGGGACCUAACAAUCAAUAGCUUAUUCUUCAAUAUCAACACUAAAUUAGUGGAAGAUUUAACUGGAAGAGGUCUUGAAGAUCUGAAGAAGGGCCUCAUCGAUACACCUUUACCUGCCAAGUCAACUUUUCUGGAUGACCCCCUCAGGGUUCUUAGAGCUAUUCGGUUUGCUGCUAGAUUCAGCUUUACAUUAGCUGUAGAUUUGAAAGAAGCUGCUUCUGAUGAAAAGGUGAAGUCUGAACUUGGAAGCAAGAUUAGCAGAGAACGAAUUGGUCAUGAGGUAGACCUCAUGAUGUCAGACAAACACCCUGUCAAUGCAAUGCGUUAUAUCCGUGACUUGGGAUUGUUUUAUGUUGUUUUUGCUUUUCCUGAGAAACUAGGGCCUCCAGUUUUUGACAAACAUGAUUGGCUUUGUGUUUCACAUCUUGAAGCAGCAUGGAAUCUUGCACAUUCUAUUGGCCGUUCUGUGUUCAGUGGUGGUUCUGAUUCCAAGUCACAGGAUGAACAGCAACGGCUUUGUCUGUACAGCGCGCUAUUUACUCCAGUUCGAAAUAUGUUCUACAUGGACAAAAAAUCAAAGAAGGUUCCAGUUGUUAGCUAUAUUAUUCGGGAUUCUCUAAAGCUGAAAGCUAGUGAUGCUGACACGAUUGUGAACAUACAUGUUGCGAGUGAAAAGUUUGCUGAAUUAAUUCUUCUCCUGGAGUCAAAUGAGAAUCUGGAAACUUUGAAAGAGAAGCUGGAUGAUGAAUAUCUAGAGAUACCAACAGACUUAGUGAAACGUGUUUUUGCAGGAAUUAUACUUCGUGAAAUAAAGGGUUUUUGGCGUCUGGCACUGUUUAUCUCAACUCUUGUCUAUCCAGAAGUUGGCAAUGCCAGUGAUUCCCCGGGCGAGCAGGAUGAACUAGAUAAAAGGAAAGAGAGAUACAACAGUGUGGAGCGAUCAAUAACUGACCUUGAUCUUGAUGGCGUAUGGAAAAUGAAGCCGUUGCUUGAUGGAAAGGCCAUUAUGGGGAUCAUGCAGGUCAAGUCCGGAGGUCCCUUGAUUGGAAAAUGGCAACAACGGCUAGUGAAGUGGCAGCUUGCGCAUCCUGAGGGAACUAUGGAGGAAUGCAUGGAGUGGAUGAAGCAGUCGGAACAGCAGUCAAAACGCCAGAAAAUAGAAUGCAGGAGUUGAGGAUCAUUGAUUGACAUUUUGAGCUUAGGCAGUCCUCACAACUCGGUGAUAGGUCACGAACUUCACAUGGUCUCUGUUCGUGGUAGUAUUACCUUUUCAUGAUUAUUAGCAGGAACUUUGACCUUGAUUGCUUUGCCACCAUGGUUGCUUUCCUGUUUCCCGUUCCGUUGGAGAUGGAUGGGACGUUACCCUCUGACAUCUACUCCCUCCGUGUUAGAAUAAGUCAAACUUUGUACUAGCUCUAGUAUGAAAUUAUACUAAGCUUAAGAGACAUAUUUUAGGACAGGGAGUAGUAAAUUAGAUUUUCUUCACCUGAGUCCAUUUGAAACUUCUACUGAAAUUAUGUUUUAUCCAACCAGAAAAGUUCUGAUUUUUUCCUUUGAAAA